GGCUUAUAUCAGCCUAGCCUACUUACUUAAAUACAAUAAAUCAGUAACAUGCACUUGAAUAAGCAGAAAUUCCAGUCAAAACUUUAUUAGUAUUUUUAAUUCCAUCUCCUUUUUAAAACAGAGCAUCACCAGAGAAGUCAGGAGUCUUUGUGCUGGAUUGGAACAGAAGUGCCUGAAGGCUAAUGCUGAUCUGGCUGGGAGGCAGAGAGGUUACUGAUGUGGCAUCCUCUGGUUCGGCUGAAGCAGUAAAGAAAUUUGAACGGCUGACAUCUCUAGUUUGUUCUGUGUUAGAGGAAUAGUUUCAAAACACCAGCCAGACCUACCUGUGUACCCCCGAGAGGCUCUGACUUUUAGCUUGUGAAAGAGCUUUUGCCAAGCACAAGGAAGGAAAAACCAUCAGGAAGUAAAUUGUUGGAGUGUCUCCAGCAAAGAAUAUGGUUGCUCGGAGAAUUGGAGCUCAGGGGAUCCUCAUUCUCAGUUGGGUUUCCCUAUGGGUAAGCUUCCCAUUGAAUAAACGGGACAGGCUAUUUGAGAAGGAGGAUGCCCGGCGUACAGGUGGCAACCUUAUCCUAACACCACAGGAAGAACAUUUCAAUGACAAGCUCAUGAACCUCAAAGAAACAGAAGUAAUUAAAGCUAUGCAAACUGGGCUGUUUCCACCUGCCAUGCAUUUCUUCAAGGCUAAAGGUCUCAUUGAACAAAGUGCCGUUUUCAGCAUCCUAAAAGAAAUGCCCAAAGGUGGCCUUUUACAUGUGCAUGACUACGCUAUCCUGAGUGCUGACUGGCUGGUAUACGACGCUAGUUACAUGCCUCACUGUUACAUCUGCUUCUGCCCUAACUGGACUGUUCAAUUCAAGUUUUCACAUCCUUCUCCUCCUACAAAUGUGCCUCCUUGCUCCAAGUGGAUAUUGCUGGAGACCUACCGCAAGAGUCUGGAUGAUGUGGCUGAAUUUGAUAAGAGUUUGCUGAGGAACCUAACGCUAGUAACAGAUACUCCAGAGAAGACCUACCCAACUCAAGCUUUCAUCUGGAAGAAAUUUGAAAAUAUCUUCACCACUGCUUCCGGCAUUAUUAAUUAUGCGCCUGUGUUCAAAUCCUAUUUCUAUCAAGGGCUGAUGGAGCUCUAUGAAGAUAAUGUGCAGUAUGUUGAGCUCAGAGUUCUACUGACACCGAUAUAUGAGCUGGACGGAAGUCUGCAUGAUAAAGUUUGGUCUGUGGCAGCUUAUGAAGAAGUGGCUAAACGAUUUGUAAAUAAUCACCCUGAUUUCGUGGGUGCAAAGAUUAUAUACACAACAUUCCGAAAGCAGAGUGUUUCGCAGAUCGAAGAAGCUAUUCGUACAGCCAUGGCACUCAGAACUGAGUUCCCAGAUACUGUGGCAGGGUUUGAUUUGGUUGGUCGGGAAGAUGAUGGAUACUCUCUCUGGGAACUGAAAAAAGCCUUAACUUUGCCAGAAACUCUAGGAUAUCAUUUGCCGUAUUUCUUUCAUGCUGGUGAGACAGACUGGGAAGGCACGUCUAUAGAUAAAAAUGUGUUGGAUGCUCUGCUGUUAAACACCAGCCGGAUUGGUCAUGGAUUUGCACUUGCCAAGCAUUCAGAAGCUAGGAGGUUGGCGUUGAAGGGGACUAUUCCUGUAGAAGUCAGUCCUAUUUCUAACCAGGUCCUGAUGCUAGUAUCAGAUCUGAGAAACCAUCCUGCUGCUUUUCUGUUGUCAGAGGGCCAUCAGAUAGUGGUUGCCUCUGAUGAUCCAUCCAUCUUUGGAGCAAAGGGAUUAUCCUAUGACUUCUAUGAGAUGUUUAUGGGCAUAGGAGGGAUGAGUGCCGAUUUGAAAACUUUGAAGCAACUGGUGCUCAACUCUUUAAAAUACAGUAGUAUGAAAUCUGAUGAGAAGAACAAGGCCUUGAAGAUUUUGCAAAAAAAGUGGGACCACUUCAUAGCUCAGUCACUCACUUAAUAGCAGCUUCAUUCCAAGGGGCUGCUGGAAAUAGCCUAAGGUAGAGGUAUUGUACAAAACCUUGCUUUUCUCAGGUACUUUGAUCAGAUCAUUGCUCCUUUAGCAAUUCUGCAAAAGAUAAAAAUGAUUGAAAUCUGAAUGUACUCCAUAAAGGUGGAGUUUGUUGUAUUGAGAUUGAAUAGAAGUAGUGAUCUUUCCCUCUCUAAUAGUGGAAGGUCUUCUGAUUUUUGGUUAUAUUGGUAAUUGUUGUUGCAUAAUUGUUGUGGGAAAAUAGGAGGCAGGAGUAUUAAGUACAGUAUGUUUGCUGCCUUGAAUUAACCAAACAUUUAUUUAAAAAGAAGGCAGGAUAAAAAUAUAAUAGUAAUAAUAAUAAUAAUAAUAAUAUGAUUUGAUUCUUUUUAUUGCAUUGGGCUGUAUGUUGCUCAGAGUGGUUCAUGAUUGGAACAGCCCAUAAACCUAGUAAAAUAAAUAAAGGAAUGAUUGAAUGAUCGAUCGAACACCUGUAGAUUCGUAACACAGAUUAGAGUUCUUGGCUCUAAUUGUAAAAUUGCUCAUGACUACUUUUCUUCAUCAAACAUGUAUCAUAUGAACUAACAGAAGAGAAAUAAAUACCUGCCUUUUGGGCUAGAAAAAUUUAGAAAAACAAUCAAAUAUCUAUACAUCUUAUGCUUUAUUUUGAAAAGCCAAUGUUUAAAACAAUACACAGCCUAGUUUUAUAGCAUAUAGCAGAGAUGAGAACCUUGUUGACUUUCGGACAACCAG